AUGCCCGGCGCCCAGACGCGCAACGGCCCGGUCAGUGCCCCUCUGCGUCCCCGUCCCACAGUCGCUCAGGGCGGCGGCCGCCAGCUCGGCUCGGCCCAGGACCCCUGCCGCCUGGGACCCCCGUCCAGCCCCGGGACCUCCGUCCGGCAACCUCGUCCGGCUCGCGGACCUCAGUCCUCUCGGGGACCCCCGCCCGGCCUGGGACCCCUGUCCGGCGUAGAACCUCGCCCGGCUCCGGGACCCCUGCCUCCCGAGGACCCCCCCCCGCCCGGCUGGGACCCCUGCCGCCUGGGACCCCGUCCGGCCCCGGGACCUCCGCCCGGCCGUGGGACCCUCUCCCAGCCCCGGAACCCAUGUCCGCCGGGGACCCCCGCCCGGCCCGGCCCCGCCGCCCGCCGCCUCACCUCAGGCCGCCUCCCGGGCAGCACUCACUCCUUGCCGGAGGUGCCCUGGCCGAGCGAGACGGAGCCGAGCAGCCCGCAGAGCCGGAGUGGCCGCAACAAUGGAGCCCCGGGGCGGGGCCGCCUCGCAGCCGUCUCAGCCCGUCUCGCGCUCAGGGUCCGGCUCCGUCUCCCGCUCCGCGAGGAGCAGCUGCCGGCGAGAGGUUGCAACUGGGCUCAGGCAACGCGCAGGCGCACUCGCCCCACCCGCGCCCCUCCGCCCCGCCCCCGGCGGCGCCCGGCGCUCGGGGCCCGCCCCCCAACCAAUGGAGAGGGAGCUGAGCGCAGAGGGCGGGGCCUGUAG